AACGUGUAUAUUACUGACCCGAUAUCUGGAGAAGACCUCCUACUUACGCAGUACCGGCAUUUUGGGAUGAUGUGUUGGAGGAGGGACGUGGAGCCUACGCGACCAGACGCUGGAAAAUGCCGUGAUUUCUUCAGUUGGUGGCGAGGGAUCGUACAAGAUAGACACUUGUAUCGCUAGCGGGAGGGAUGGAUUGGUUGAUGUCAAAAGCUGGAAGAGGGAAAGACAAGAAACCACAACCAGUGACCACGCCUGACGAGCCCAAGAUCUUUCUGGAGCCCAAGUAUCUGGGAGCACAGAUCAUAGACUUUGAUAUCCGGGAAGUUGUACGGUUACCGAAGGGGCUUGAUCUCAACGAGUGGCUGGGCUCCAAUACUCUAGAAUUUUUUAACAAUGUUAAUGUUCUCUAUGGAGUCACGUCGGGCGAAGCCUGCACAAAUGAUACAUGUCCAAGCAUGUCAGCACCGGGGAACACGCAAUACUUCUGGCAGGAUGACAAGAACAAGAAACUCAAGGUGACGGCACCGCAGUACAUCGACUAUGCCAUGUCCUUCAUACAAAAGCACAUAACCGAUGAAGCGGUUUUACCAACAAAAUAUGGUCAUGUCUUCCCUAGUGAUUUUGAGCAGCUCGUCCAGCAGGUCAUCCGACUUCUCUUCCACAUCAUGGCUCACAUCUACCACGCCCACUACGAACUCUUCUUGCAGUUUGAGCUCCACCGGCACCUGAACAGCCUCUUCUGCCAGAUGGUCCUCUUCUCGCAGGAGUUCCACAUCCUCAACACCAAAGACUACGCGGUCUUAGAUGACCUAAUAGAGGCCCUAGGGCUGAACAAUGUGAACUCCAAGUCAGAGUCUAAUAAUGCCAGCGGAAGUGUGUAGCCACACCCUCUCUCUCCCAUCCUUCCCCCCAACCUUCCCCCCCCCUGCAUUUGGGAUGUUCUCACUGCGCGUGCAUUUUUUGUUCGGAAAGUUUACGAGUGUUCGAACACUGGAAUGACAGUUGUGGGGCCUAGGGUUCAGGCCCUAGGAUCUAGCAUAAGUCAUUUCACUGUAUUCAGGUGUUCCUACUGGUUCAUGUAGUUAUACUGCACGAG